UGGGUCUCCCCCCUCCAGCUCUUGUAUCACUAGGAAUCUGGCAGCCAGCUCCGUCCUGACAGAGUUUACAGCAUAUAUUAGUGGAUUCUUGUCCAUACUGCGUCUGCUUUAAGAAUUAACGAAAGCAGAGUCAAGACAGUAAGGAUUCAAAGCAUUCGCUAAAAAUGAAUCUUGGUGCAUUUACUCUGAUAUUGGCACUAAUCAGUGGCGCCAGCAGCCACUACUAUGAUGAUUACGAUUUUCCACUAUCAAUGUAUGGGCAGUCAUCUCCAAACUGCGCCCCAGAAUGUAACUGCCCCGCGAGCUAUCCCUCGGCCAUGUACUGCGAUGAGCUGAAAUUGAAGAGUGUGCCAAUGGUGCCUCCUGGAAUCAAGUACCUUUACCUGAGGAACAACCAGAUUGACCACAUUGAUGAAAAGGCCUUUGAAAAUGUAACCGAUCUACAGUGGCUCAUUCUAGAUCAUAACCUUCUAGAAAAUUCUAAGAUAAAAGGAAGAAUUUUCUCUAAACUAAAACAACUGAAGAAGCUGCAUAUAAAUUACAACAACCUGACACAAUCUGUGGGCCCACUUCCCAAAUCUCUGGAGGACCUGCAGCUUUCUAACAACAAGAUCACAAAGCUCGGCUCUUUUGAAGGACUGGUAAACCUGACCUUCAUCCACCUUCAGCACAAUCAGCUGAAAGAUGAUAUAUCAGCUGCUUUUAAAGGUCUUAAGUCACUCGAGUACCUUGACUUGAGCUUCAAUCAGAUGACCAAACUGCCUUCUGAUCUCCCAACAUCUCUUUUAACUCUCUACUUAGACAACAAUAAGAUCAGCAACAUUCCUGAUGAAUAUUUCAAGCGUUUUAAGGGACUGCAGUAUCUGCGUUUAUCUCAUAAUGAAUUGGCCGAUAGUGGAAUACCUGGAAAUUCUUUUAAUGUAUCAUCUCUGCUUGAGCUGGAUCUCUCCUACAAUAAGCUAAAAAACAUACCCACUGUCAAUGAAAACCUUGAAAACUAUUACCUGGAGGUCAACCAACUUGAAAAGCUUGAAGUAAAGAGCUUCUGUAAGAUCCUGGGACCAUUGUCCUACUCCAAGAUCAAGCAUUUGCGCUUGGAUGGCAACCGUAAUAUCACCCAUACUAAUCUGCCACCUAAUAUGUAUGAAUGUCUACGUGUAGCAAAUGAAAUCACUGUUAAUUAAUUUCAAUUAUAUUGAGGUGUAUCCUGGAGCAACAUCUUAUGCUUAUAUUUUUUUGUGUUGGUUUUCGUAGUGUCCAUUUUUGUUGUUUAUUACUUCCAUGAAUUUUAAAUUCUGAGAAAAAAUGUUUUGUAAACAUUUUACUACUUUUUUACAAAGAAAAGAUGAAAAGCAGGCCUAUUUCAUCACAAGUACAGACACAUGCUCACACAUAUACAACAAACAAUGCUUUAUUUGUAAAUUUAGUGUUUUUUACAUCUCUACUGUCAAAUGAUGUGCAAAGCCUUUUACUGUUUGCGUGGAAGUCAACCGAGUUUUCUAAUUUCUAAAUCUUAACUUAAUGUGCCCAAAAGUAUGGAAUACAUAAAUAUGGAUGUUUACUGUCUUUAAUAAAAUUAUCUUAAUAUGCUCAAAUUUGUUUAGCUGAAAAGCAGGCGGUAAAUUUUGAGACCAAUGAUUUUGUGAAAUACUAAACAAAAUUCAUGAAACCACAUACAUUUAAAGCAGAAGUUUUAGUAUUAAGGAUUUAUUUAGUUACCUAGAAAAACUUUCUAGAAUUAUUUUUCACUUUAAAUCAUAUGUAUGUUUCUUUUUUUAUUAUUUGCAUGUUAUGUUUAACAAGCUAAUAGUAAAAUAAAACAUAGCAAAUGGCA